UUAUUUUGACUUUGUACUGUAUUUGCUCUCCAAUUGGACAGUGACAAAGGCUGAGACUGGCUCUGGGUUGUGAUGGGUUGAGAUCUUGCACUGCACAUGUUCCGCAUUAGAUGAAUAAACAGACAGACAGCUGGCAGACUGCAUUCUGAGGUGGGAUCGGGGAUGGCUCAUGUGUCUUUGUUUUCAUGGCUCGCUUCGAGGCAAGCAACACUGAACCAUGCAUGAGAGCACCAGCAGUUCCUGAUGACUGUGUAAUCUUGUUCUCCAUAGCCAAUGUGAGUAGGACCUUAAAACAGGUUCACAAGGCUGCGGGGCCAGACAGAUGACCAGGACGCAUACUCAGAGCCUGUGCCGAUCAGCUGCCGGGUGUCUUAACUGACAUGUUCAACCUCUCCCUAACCCAGUCUGUAAUACCUACAGGUUUCAAGCAGACCACCAUAGUCCCUGUGCCCAAGAACGCAAAGGUUCUACCUGGAGAGUGUGUUCUGGUGUACUCAAUGCAUUCCCAAUGCUUCAGCAGACCUCAGUCCAGAGAGAGUCAACCUGCGGCUGUUGUGACACACCUGAGAUACAGACAAGAGUCACAUUGAGACAACCACAGCAGUGGGACACAAGACAACUCUCCACAGUGCUUUGUUGUUUCCUCUUAGCUGAAGCCAUGGAUAUGACUACGGCCAAGACCACCGCAAGCUUUCUCUCCACUGUCUCCAGCACCUCCAUGACCCCCAUUCUCACUGUUACAACGGACGCCAGGAUGGAACAGGAGAUGGUCACAGAGUCCAGGACAAAACUCAUGACCACUAACAUUACUAUAACAACAACCAACGAGACAAGCUUCAAUGCCACCAAGCUGCCAGAGUUGGAGCUCGAGGGCUCUGAGAUGGGCAUGGUGUUGGUGCCCUUUGGCAUCAUCACUGUAAUUGGCCUGACAUUGGUCGUGAUGCUGUAUAUCAGGAAACGAAAGAGACUGGAGAAGCUGAGGCACCAGCUGAUGCCCAUGUAUAACUUUGAUCCGGCAGAGGAACAGGAUGACUUGGAACAGGAACUCCUGGACCACAACCUCACAGGACCCAAUAACAAGACUCUCACGACCUCCCAGGGGAUGACACAGAGGCCCAGUCGCCUGGUCUUCACAGACGUAGCCAACGGUCUCAAUGCAUAACUACACUCUUAAAGACAUGAGAGGGGACUGGGGGGCGUGGGGAGGGGACUAGCUAUUCCGUCAUUGAGAUAUGUUGCUCAGGAAAAAAAGGAAAACUGGAAUGAAGGCCAUGGAAACAUACUGAUGUCUGGGGGAUGUUUUUCAGGCUGGGCUAUAAGGGAAUUCUGAUGUUUAAGUUGUAAUGUAGUCAUAGUUUAACUGUGAGGUUCUCCCAUCAUUGUCAUUAGCGCAAAACAUCAUCUACAGUGACUAUGGUGGGAUAUAUGGGGAAAUUAGGUGAACUGAAGGAUUUUGUACUGGUUGUUAUUUGUUGCACAAAUACUUAAUGGGUUUUUGUUGGAUCACUGUCUUUCUCUGUAGUUAAGUGAUAGUGGUGGUAGAACUCCUACAUCCAUCUUCAUUGAAAAAUUUGUCUAGAAUGUAUUCAUUUCCACAUGUUCGUAUUUUGCUGCUAAAUGUAGACAACCACAUUUGAGAAGAGUCUCCUCUAAAAUGGUUAUGCAAAAAUGUUGACUUUUUACUGAUUCCAUAAUGGUGGUGGACUAGAGACCUGGAACGACAAGGGAAUGGACAUUCUACACAUUGAAGAACUAAAACACGACAUCAGGAGAUCUGGAGGACAAUGCCUGAGGUACUGUAACCCACCUAGUGUACAUUACUGUACCCCUGUCCACACAUCCUAAAUGUGUCUUUCAGCACUUCUGUCUCUAUCGCCCCUUUGCCCUCAAAGUAUUAGUAUAUUUCCUCUAAGUAAUAAAGUAUUAGUAUAUUUUCUCUAAGUAAUAAAGUAUUAGUAUAUUUCCUCUAAGUAAUAAAGUAUUAGUAUAUUUCCUCUAAGUAAUAAAGUAUUAGUAUAUUUCCUCUAAGUAAUAAAGUAUUAGUAUGUUUCCUCUAAGUAAUAAAGUAUUAGUAUAUUUCCUCUAAGUAAUAAAGUAUUAGUAUAUUUCCUCUAAGUAAUAAAGUAUUAGUAUAUUUCCUCUAAGUAAUAAAGUAUUAGUAUAUUUCCUCUAAGUAAUAAAGUAUUAGUAUAUUUCCUCUAAGUAAUAAAGUAUUAGUAUAUUUCCUCUAAGUAAUAAAGUAUUAGUAUAUUUCCUCUAAGUAAUAAAGUAUUAGUAUAUUUUCUCUAAGUAAUAAAGUAUUAGUAUAUUUCCUCUAAGUAAUAAAGUAUUAGUAUAUUUCCUCUAAGUAAUAAAGUAUUAGUAUAUUUCCUCUAAGUAAUAAAGUAUUAGUAUGUUUCCUCUAAGUAAUAAAGUAUUAGUAUAUUUCCUCUAAGUAAUAAAGUAUUAGUAUAUUUCCUCUAAGUAAUAAAGUAUUAGUAUAUUUCCUCUAAGUAAUAAAGUAUUAGUAUAUUUCCUCUAAGUAAUAAAGUAUUAGUAUAUUUCCUCUAAGUAAUAAAGUAUUAGUAUAUUUCCUCUAAGUAAUAAAGUAUUAGUAUAUUUCCUCUAGGUAAUAAAGUAUUAGUAUAUUUCCUCUAAGUAAUAAAGUAUUAGUAUAUUUCCUCUAAGUAAUAAAGUAUUAGUAUGUUUCCUCUAUAACAAGUAAUAAAGCAGCAACAUUGGUUUCUAUACACUUAAAGAUACAGUAUUUAACCAACAGUAUUUUGACGACCACUUAUUGUGCCGCUACUUUUUGAUGAAUACAUGACAGACGAACAUAGCUAUGUGAUACUUUUAUUGGUAACAGACAGACCAAGCAGCACCUCUAUACUCAUGCAAAAACACACCAUAAAGCGAAACAGAUCAGAGGCAAACUAAAAAACACCAUUUUGAGUUGUGUAUUCAAGUUCAAAUGGAUUACAUUGAAAAUAAAUCUUCAUGAAGUA